AUGUCUGUAAGUGACAGAAGUUGGACAUGGACUGAUGCGCAUUACUGCAGUUUACCGUCACAGACUAAUAUUUAUGGUUUAGCCAGAAUCAAGAGUGGUGGGGGAAACAGACUGCUUGUAGCUUCAUUAAAAGGAGAUACUCCCAUCACUCUUGUUAGUUUUGAUUACAAGCAGAAUAAACUGAAGCCAUCAACUAGAACUGUUCAAUUUACUUACAUACCAGCAGAUGCUGAGAUAGCUUCAAUUGAUGUCAUGAACAGAUUUGAUCCAGAUUCAACCUUGGUUGUUGGAAUAACAUUUAUCAGACAUCAAAGUCAUGAUGGCAAAAGGACAGGGCAAUUUCUAAACUUGUAUUUCUCUUUCCAAGGAAAUGAAGGUGAAACUGAAGAAAUGAUGACGAAAACUAUAGAACUCUCCUAUGUACCGUUUCAGUUGACCCAUACAGUGUUAUUGAAAGAUGAUGUACCAGAGGCAGUGAUUUUGUUGAGUGGGGGAGAUAAAACAAUACACAUGUAUAGAGAUGUGGCAGAUAAUAAUUUCCAGGAAGAAAAUACUGUGGAAUAUUUCCCUGAGUUUAUCGUGUUUGAAAGCAAUGUUUUAAAGUUUGUUAUGAAAUAUAUAGAUAAUUGUCAAAAACGGUUAACAGCAAUGGGGUUUCAAAGUGGUCAAAUUCGUUUAACACUUGUUGAUGUGAAAGAAAAUACUGUAUUAAAAAAUUGGACUGAUGAACAUAACAGUCCAGUUACAUCUUUAGUUUUAUUCAAUCCACAAAAUCAAGCACCAUGUCCCCAAUUUAUAGAUUCUAAUCAAAGUGAAGAUGGGAUAGAAGAUGAGGAAAAUAAUGACUUUAGCUUAUUGGUGACAAGUGCUUUAAUGCCAGCUACUGUUUAUCGUAAUGUUUUAACUAAUGCUUUAGAUGAUUAUUUACUAAUACCAGAUAGUGACAAAUAUGACACUCCAUUAUGCUCCUGUGUUGUGGACAUUGAUUUUGAUGGACAUAAUGAAAUUUUAUUGGGAACCUAUGGCCAGGAAUUGCUAGCUUAUAAAUUUGUUGUUGAUAAAUCUCGUAGUAAAAAGGGCAGUUAUGAAUUAUUAUGGACUAGAAGUUUUGCAUUCCCUGUGACUGGUUUAGAUAGUUUAGAUAUAAUGGGAGACGGUAUGAAAGAUCUUUGUGUGGUGACCUUAAAAGGUCUCCAUAUUCUACAGCCUGAUUUACCAGAGGUAGCUGAAGUAUGUUUAGAAAGGUUAAUACUAUUAGCUGAAUCUGGAUCAGAGAUUGGAGAUGAUUAUCUCCAAUUACAAAAGGAACUUGUUGAACUAAACUGA